GGCUCGCGCGCCCCAGAGACGCGAAGAUGGCGGCGAGUGACUGCUCCGGUUUCGCGCGCGGCGCCGGCCCUCCGUACAGCGCCCAGCCUCCGACGGCUUUUCCCCUCCCCGCCACCGGAGCCAGCCUCGCCCCGGGACCUGCUGCGACCCCGACGUUUCCCGCGGCCGCCCAGCCCCCCGGGCCUGUCAGCGUGGCGGGGUGUGGCGGGUACCAGCCCUGCACCAGCUGGCCCCCGGAGCCUGCCCCAGCGCCCAGCGCCACUCCCUCCUACCAGGACGGUUACAGCCGCGAACCAGCGACGGAUGCCGGCAGCUACGAGAACAAACAGGAUCCCCUGCCCGCUGCCAGCCAGCGUCGGCUCCCGGCCUCGGCCGUGCCGUGCCAGCCAGGGACUAAAGGAACGCGUGUCUGGCCCGGCGGUGGGUACGGCCAAGCACAGCCCCUGCAGCAGGCGGCCACCGCUAACGCAGGACAGCCAGUCAGCACCCUGGCCCUGAGCUGCACGGAGAACGACACCUGCCUGCCGGCCGCCAGCGCUCUGCCCGCGGCCUCCGUCUCCACCCUGCCUUCCUACACCCCGACCUCCUACAGCCCCACGUCUGCCCUGGACGCAGGACCGAGCCACCCGAGCUGUGACCUGGCUGAGCGCUCGGCAACCGGUCCUCACCGCCCCUCACCGCCGCCCCCCCGGCCGCCCCCCCCACUCCCAGAGCCCAGGGGCUCCCUGUGGGGCGGCCCCGGGAACAGCCCCAGGGCCGGUUCUGCCGGCAGCCUGGCCGGAAAGCGCCCGAAACCCAAGGGUGGCCCCAGGCAGCCCCUGCUUCACUACUGUGACGUCUGCAAGAUCAGCUGCGCCGGCCCCCAGACCUACGUCGAGCACCUAGAAGGGCAGAAGCACAGGAAGAAACAGGCGGCUCAGAAGAUGGGCACCCGGCCUGACGGCAGCCCGAGCAGGGCGCAGACACAGCUGCGCUGUGGCCUGUGCGCCGUGUCCUGUACUGGGGCAGACGCCUACGCCGCUCACAUCCGGGGGGCCAAGCACCAGAAGGUCUUCAAGCUGCACAGCAAGCUGGGGAAGCCCAUCCCCCCCAUAGAACCCGUGCCGGGGAACUCCAGCUCGGCCACGGCCGCGGGCGCCAGCAGGCCGGCCCCCCUCACCGCGGAGAGUCCCCCCACGGCCUCUGCCAAGCCCACAGCCCCCGCCGGCCCCAGCGCGCAUGCCCUGAGCAAGCCAGGGCCAGCCAGGAGACUGGCGGCUUUGAAGGCCUCGCGCCUGGGGCCCCCCGAGCCGCAGGCAGCGGGCAGCAGACUCCCCGAAGGGGCACACCUCGUAUCAGAUGGGUCUGGGGAACCGCCCACCGGAGGAGGCUCUGCAGAAGCUUCUGGAAGGUGUGAUGUGCAGCCCGUGGGCCCAGGCUACGUGGAGGAGGUGUGUAACGACGAGGGCAAGGUGAUCCGGUUCCACUGCCGGCUGUGUGACUGCAGUUUCAACGACGGCACCGCCAGGGACUUGCAUGUGAGGGGACGGCGGCACCGGCUCCAGUACAAGAAAAAAGUGGACCCUGACCUUCCGAUCGCAGUGGCGCCCAGCCCCAGAGCCCGGAAGCUGCUGGAGGAGAGGCUGAGGCGGCGGAGGCAGCUGGGCAGGAAGCGGCUGGAGGGGAUGCGGCGCUGGCACGCCGAGAUGAGGCGCUACGAUCUAUGUAGGAGGCGACUGGAGGAGGGGCCGCAGGCCCAGGAAGAACACCUUGGACCCUCGCCACCUGACCAGCCCCCUCCUUCCCUUCUGAGCAGGCCGGGGGCACCUACUGGCUCACCUCUGCCCACACGGCGGCCGGAGUCCAGCGAUGACCGGCAUGUCAUGUGGAUGCAUGCUGCCAUCUACCCCACGGAGGAGGAGCUCCUGGCCGUCCAGAAGGCCGUCUCCCACGUGGAGCGCGCCCUCAAGCUGGUGUCCGACGUGCUGGCCGAGGAGAGCUCCGGAAGCCCAGAGCAGGAGGGCAGCGAGCACAGCAGCGGCUCCCCCAGAGCUCGGGUCCUGAAGGGCGUGAUGCGGGUUGGCCUCCUGGCGAAAGGCCUCCUCCUGCGGGGGGACAGGACGGUGCAGCUGACCCUGCUCUGCUCGCAGAAGCCCACCCACACCUUGCUGCGGAGAAUCUCGGAGCAGCUGCCCCGGCAGCUCCCGAUGGUGACAGAAGACGAGUAUGAGGUCUCCUCUGACCCCGAAGCCAACAUCAUCAUCUCCUCCUGCGAGGAGCCCAGGAUGAGGGUCGCUGUGUCUGUCACCUCGCCCCUGAUGCGGGAGGACCCUUCCACGGACCAAGAAGGAAGGCGGGUGCCUCAGCCUGACCCAGAAGACAUCCUGAGCCCAGAGAAGUGCCUUCAGUCCCUGGCCGCCCUCCGCCACGCCAAGUGGUUUCAGGCUCGAGCCAGUGGCCUACAGCCGUGCGUGAUUGUCAUCAGGAUCCUUCGUGACCUCUGCCAGCACGUGCCCACCUGGGGGGCCCUGCCGGCCUGGGCCAUGGAGCUGCUGGUGGAGAAGGCCCUGAGCAGCACGAAGGGGCCCCUGAGUCCCGGGGAAGGCCUGAGGCGUGUCCUGGAGUGCGUAGCCUCGGGGAUGCUCCUGGCAGAUGGGCCUGGGAUCCAGGAUCCCUGCGAGAGAGACCAGAGGGACGCCCUCGGGCCCAUGACCUGCCAGCAGCGUGAGGACCUCACGGCCAGUGCGCAGCACGCCCUGCGCUUGUUGGCGUUCCGGCAGAUCCACAAGAUCCUGGGCAUGGACCCUCUGCCGCCCCCCAAAAGCAGGCCGGGGGCGCGCUUCCGGAAGAGGCUGCGGGAGGCAGGAACCGAGGCCCAGAAGGGUGAGGUCCCCAGGAAGCAGGGCCGGCAGGGUGGAGAGGGGCCCGCGUGAGCAGCGUCCCCCGCUGGGUACGCCCGGACGCGUCCUCACCGCAGCCGCUUCAUCCCGACGCUGGACGGCCGUGUUCUCCUUUCCGGAGCGAUCUGUGGGUUUCUUUAAAAACACUUUGCUUAAAUCCUCCUGGAAAUCACCUUAUCCCGGGGUGAGGGCCCCCGGGGCAGCAGCCGGCACCCGAAGGCCCGCCCCGCGGAGGGCUGGCAGGUGCAGCACAGCGAAACCCUGCCGGCUUUGGGCUCACCCUGUGGCCCACCAAGUGUGUGGCCUUCCGGAGCGCUCCCUGCGGAUGCCCCAGCCCUGCGUGGACUUGAAACCACAUCACAGGGACAGGCCAGGGAGAGCCGGCGGGUGGGGCCGAGCCUGAGGACGCACCCAGGCCGGGAUCCCCCGUCCCUGGGCCCAGCCUGCCCCAAACACAUCCCCCCCACCCGCUCCAGACCCCAACCUGGAGACGCCCCACCCCAGAGGUCUGCAGGGCCGGAGCUGGCAUCUUCCCGGCCAGCGUCCACCCUCAGGGAGGUGGGAGGGCCCAGUGGUGGUGAGGAUGCAGGCUGGGUGCACCCCUGGCCCCCCAGAAACGUCUGUGACCCACAGUCUGCCCUGACCCCGUACCACCGAGUGCCUUCUACUUACAGCGGGAGCUGCUCGGUCACUCCUCACGCACUGCCCCCCCCCCCCGCCCCGGGUGCAGCAGGUCUGGGUCCGGGCCUCGUGCAGGAGCCCGGGUGGACGAGGGGCAGCCCUGCCCAGUCCUCCCUCUGCGCUCGAGCCUCCCUGCCCAGUCGCCCCACGGCACUGAAGGGGAAAAGUCUGUCCUUGGGCCGAGGCCAUCUGUGGUCAGUUGAAUCCUUAAAUUCCGCUUCGUAUUUAGGGGGCAGUCUGAGUGCGGCUUUGUGUCUGGUGUCUCCGUAGAGCCACCUGAAAGUUUGCGAGGGUGGGGAAUAAAUAAGUGAUGUCUCAUGGUGUGGACUGUGCGGUCCUUGCUCGGGGUGCGGAGCCCCCGCUGCGCCCUCCCGCCGCCCCCUCAGGGCUCCGA